AUGGCGGAUCCAGUUGGCACCACGAAGCAGGUUGUGAAGAUAGUUCUUGCGAUCAGGACGGCGGUGCAAACGGUUCGCCGGAACGAGGAGUGCCGUGAGAUCGAGCAGCUCGCAACCAGAGUGAGUCGCAUCCUGUCGCGGCUCCAGGAGACGGAGAGCGACCCCGCGAUGGACGGUGCCAUGGCGGAGCUGGAGAAGAGCCUCGACCGCGACCUCAAGCUCGUCACCACCUGCCAAAAGAGGAGCGCGAUGCACCGUAUCUGCGCGGCUGGGGCCAUGGCCAGGCAGCUGCGCCGGGUGCAGGACGACAUACUGCGGCAAUUGAUGCUGGGUGUCUUCGCCACCCCUACCCAGCUCACCCUAAGCCUGAACAUGCUACAGCAGCCGGGUGCUGGUGCCCCUCCGCCGAGGUCCCAGCGGCCUUCCUCCCUUGGAGCAGGGUCGUCUCGACUUCAUUGGUCUUCCGUGUUUCAGAUAAUUCAGGGGAUAGCCCAUGGAGUAAAAAUCCGUCAUGACCGAUUCAUUGUGCAUUUGGAUUUAAAACCAAGCAACGUCCUCUUGGAUUCUGAUUUCAAUCCCAAGAUUGCUGAUUUUGGAGUAGCUAGAGAGUUGAAUCUCAGAGGGAAUGAGUACUUUGACGACAACUUUGUUGCUGGCACAAUAGGAUAUAUGGCUCCUGAAUAUUAUGUCGGUCGGCCUGCGCAUUCAAUGUCGAAACCUGAAUAUUAUGGUGACCGUUGGCUUACGCCUUCAAUGUCGGAAGGGGCGUCAUUGAUGAAGAGAGACGUGUAUGGUUUCGGUGCCACCCUCCUUGAUAUCCUCAGCGGUAUGUGCAUAUCGGAAGCUGCUCGUCGCCAACCUUCACUUGAAUGGGCUUGGAACGUGCAGCAAGCUUCACGAAUGAAUUUUCUUAAGAACAAUACUCGACAAAUGGAGAAGUUAUUUGAUCCGUCAUUGUGUGAAAACAGUGAUCUAAAGAUGAUACGAAGAUGCAUUGGGAUAGGACUUUUGUGUACACAAGAGAAGCCGAACGACCGGCCCACCAUGUGGGAGAUUCUUGAUAUGCUAGAUAGGAAAUAG